CCCUUCCGCGCAUGCGCCCUGCUUCCGAGCUCGACUGAGGCAGCGACUGAGGCGGCGGUGGCGGCGCGGGCGCUCGCCAUGGAGUCCUAUGAUGUGAUCGCGAACCAGCCGGUGGUGAUUGACAAUGGGUCUGGCAUGAUUAAAGCUGGCUUUGCAGGUGAUCAAAUACCCAAGUACUGUUUUCCAAACUAUGUGGGCAGACCAAAGCAUGUUCGUGUUAUGGCUGGAGCUUUGGAAGGUGACAUUUUUAUAGGACCAAAAGCAGAGGAGCAUAGGGGUCUUCUUUCCAUACGCUAUCCUAUGGAACAUGGCAUCGUGAAGGACUGGAAUGACAUGGAACGCAUUUGGCAGUAUGUGUACUCCAAAGACCAACUCCAGACUUUCUCGGAAGAGCAUCCUGUUCUCCUGACAGAAGCGCCGCUGAAUCCACGUAAGAACCGUGAGCGAGCAGCUGAAGUGUUCUUUGAGACUUUCAAUGUGCCUGCCUUGUUCAUCUCCAUGCAAGCUGUACUUAGCCUGUAUGCGACUGGGCGAACAACAGGAGUGGUGUUAGACUCUGGAGAUGGGGUCACACACGCAGUUCCUAUUUAUGAAGGGUUUGCCAUGCCCCACUCCAUCAUGCGGAUUGAUAUAGCUGGCCGCGAUGUCUCCCGUUUCCUUCGGCUCUAUCUCCGGAAGGAAGGCUAUGACUUCCAUACAUCUUCUGAGUUUGAGAUCGUCAAAACUAUCAAAGAGCGGGCUUGUUACCUGUCAAUAAACCCACAGAAGGAUGAGACCUUAGAAACUGAAAAGGCUCAGUACUACCUUCCAGAUGGAAGCACCAUUGAGAUUGGCCCAGCUCGGUUCCGUGCCCCAGAGUUGCUGUUCCGUCCAGAUCUGAUUGGGGAAGAGUGUGAGGGGCUACAUGAAGUAUUGGUUUUUGCAAUUCAGAAGUCUGAUAUGGACUUGAGGCGAACGCUUUUCUCUAACAUUGUCCUCUCUGGAGGCUCAACACUCUUCAAAGGUUUUGGUGAUAGGCUUCUUACUGAAGUGAAGAAACUAGCUCCCAAAGAUGUCAAAAUCAGAAUAUCUGCUCCACAAGAGAGACUGUAUUCUACAUGGAUUGGUGGCUCCAUCUUGGCUUCACUGGACACAUUUAAGAAAAUGUGGGUUUCCAAGAAAGAAUAUGAGGAAGACAGCGCCCGGGCCAUCCAUCGAAAAACCUUCUAGUCCGGGAGCAUCCUGGUGUCUCCUUGGGGAUUCUUUCUUUCCCUCAACUCACUUUUCAGAGUGUCUGGGGUGCUCCCUUGUGUGUGUCUGUGUAUGGGUAGGAGGUGAGUGCAGCAUGUUUGAGACCUUCCCAGAGCCAAUGGGAAGUCUAGAAGUUUGACUUGAUUGGUGAUUGGUUUUGUGAGAGGCAGGUAAAAAUUGGCAAUGAACCAGUUGGAGAGAUUUGUUCCUUUUUUCAUUGGGUCACUGAACUUUUGACGUUACCUCUGUGUCGACGGCAAAUAGUAUGACUUGGAAACCAAGCCACUUAGUGGAAUGGAAAUGAGCAUCUGGUAAAACAGCCCAUGUUUGGGCUUGAAACAGAAGGUCUGAGUAAAGACAAUGGGCCAGGCUGAAGUUCUGAAGGUUACCAUAAAAAUUCAGGGCACAGAAAUCAGCUGUUACCUAAUUUCUGGUCAUUUGCCUAGCAAAAGUUUUAUUUUUUAGACAACCACUUCAUAGUUUCUCUCCCCUACUUUUUUAAACCCAACGUAUAAAGAAAAUAAGUACAUUUUCAGCUGUUAAAGCCCCGUGUGUGUGUGCAUGUGUGUGUAUGUGUAAAAAUCCUUAGGCUGGUGUGUGAGAAUCUGGACCAUGGCAAGAGAGUUAGAGCAAUUAAUUUUAGGAAUUAGUUUGUGAUGCAUGGUGUAGAGCAGUAACACUUCCUUUAUUCUAUUCUAGACAGUCCUCGCCUUGGCACUUGGUAGUAGUGAGGCAGUCAGCUGUCAUACAGUCAAGUGCCCCGGGGCAACUCUAAAGAGUAUUGAGGCCCAUUCUAUUCUCCAUCUGCCUAUCGCUGUCUCCCCACUCCCUCCAUCGUCUAAAGGUUUACAUGUUGACUUUCUCUGAAAGCUGAAGGCUUUAUGCCGACAUCAUAAGCACUGCUGUAGGGGUUGCCCAGCUAUGGUUGCUGGGAAGCUGCUUAAUUGUUUUUAGUAUUAACUUUAUUUAUUGAUACGUUUUGGUGGUAACUGAACUACUAACUGGGGCUCAGGGUUAGUUACCCUGUCUUUUUGUCCUGCUUCACUACAUUUUCCAAUAUUUAUCACUAGCACUGAUGUUUUAACAGCGCACUUAAUGUGGUACAGUUGGGCCAGCCCUGAAACCAUCUCCACUCUUUGAAGUGGUUGUUUUCGUGAAGGCACCACAAUGCAAACGAACAAUAAACUCCAUUAGCGCGUGUCAAGAGUAGUAACCUCCAGAAAGAAGCUGUAAUUCUGACAUAGUGUUAAUGCCUUUUCAACUGCUUCUGUACUGUUACAGAAAGGAAAAAAACAGUUUACUUUGAAAUAAGAUUGUGGUUUUUAAAGCAUUUUGGUGCUUAUUUUUCAGGGUUUUUUAAAUAUUUUGUUUUGUUAAUGCUGCUGCUGAAGACCAAAUAUUUCACAUCCUUGGCCGCUUAAGUAUUAGAAGACAUGGCAACAGGAAAUGUGCCUUGCCUCUGCCAGUAGUCAAACAACAGAAGAAGAAACUGCAGUAGGAAGUGAGAGCUGAGGGAUUUGAUUGUGGGGGCAAAAGUCUUGUCUUGUUCACUGCUGCUGAAUUAUUCUGAACGUGGUCCAGUUGUGUUUUCGAUCCAAGUCUUUUGUUUGGCUCAAGGAUCAGUGUUCUCCGAGAGCAUUUUUGGGACUAGAGUAUGCAAAUUGGAUAUGUAGUAGUAUGUUGCAUCUGUUUCAGUGGUUUGAGCUGAAAGACUUGUGUCUCAUGCAAAAGCAGGAAAAUUCUGAUCCCGCUCUCCCCAAGGAAUAGAGAACUGAUAGGUUGUUAAAAUACAAUGCAAUCUUGUGUAUUAUGCAAUAUCCCCAUAGUAUUAAAGAGGACAACCAGUGUGUAAUUCAUGCAAAUGAACAUAUGAGAUAGCAGCUUUGUCUGUGUAAGCUUUCCCUUGUCCCUUCCUCGUGUACGAACAGAUGCACCUCUGGUGACUUAUCUGGGAUGAAAAUUACUGACAUAGCUUGGCAAAAGUAGUUCAGUUCUCCUUUGGCUAUAUAUGCUAGUUCUGUCUGGAGUUUAGAAAGACAAUUGCUACUUCAGUGGGAAUUUCCAGACUUCUGGAUGGAUGGAUGAUGCUAACAUUUAUCAGAAUUUGAACAAGAUAUCCUUAUUUUUUGUUUUAAAGAACAUGGCUCAUGAGUACAUUGCAAAGUUUUCCCAAACAGAAGUUUGAGAGAUUCUACCCUGGCAGGAAAUGCUAAGGCAUUAUGUACAAUUAUUGUCUUAGGACUUGAUCACUAAAAGGUAGCAUAGAGCAAUGUCUGUGUCCUAAGUUUCCAUAGAAAAUGAAUUGUGGAAGCACUGAGAGUAAGAGGCCAUUUUGUAUUAGUGUAAGAUACUGUUAACAUGUAGGAAUGAACAUGCCCUCUGGGUUUUCCUUCCCAAAAUUACUUGUUUUCAUUAGCUGCCAUGGGUUUGCUUGUCUCAGAUGUGCAACUAUGUCAGCUGGCACUACAAGGAAAGCACAUCUUCUGUUGAUAAUUUAGAUACUUGUCUUCUAACCCAGAAAUUCUAUCAAAUCAUUUUGGUUUUCACUUCAAGUGAGAUGACAUUUCCACUGAAUAAACCCAGCAGCUUACUGUCGUGAGUCGACUCCAGACUCUGCUGAUGCUAGAUUUAAAAGUUUGUUGCAAUGCUGAGUUGAGAUCUUGGUAAGAUGGUCUGCUUCCUAUUAGUCUUAACUGUUUGGAUUUUUGGCCCAAGCUCAAGCAGCUUUUGAUGUCAUGGAGAUCAAGACUUGAGCAAUCGAUCUCAACUUGCGUGCAGGAUGAGUCUUUGCUUAGUCAUUUAGCAGCAGCCUGAGGCUAAACUUGUUUUACAUAGUAUAAUUAUGAGACACAUGAAUGAGUUCUGUUGUAGAGAUAUUUACAGACUGAUCAGUUACCAGUACAGUAGCUUUCACUACUAACGUCUUCUCUGGUAAAGGUAUAUAUAGGGUAGCCUGGACUGACUUAGGGAAGCUCACACAACUAACCUAUUACCACAGGGAAAGGAUGUUGACCCAUAUUUCUUGCCUUAUGUUACAGGAAUGUUAUUUUGUUUUGAGCCGUCUACUGUUUGAAAUGCAUGCCCAGGGCAGGUUAUUACUGCAGAGGCCUUGAUUCUUGCUCGAUUUCUGCCUAAAGCAGUGGUUCUCAACCUAGGGUCCCCAGAUGUUUUGGCCUUCAACUCACAGAAAUCCCAGUCAGUUUACCAGCUGUUAGGACUUCUGAGAGUUGAAAGCCAAAAACAUCUGGAGACUCCAGGUUGAGAAUCAUUGGCCUAAAGUAAUGUUGAUAGACUUUCUCAUAAUUGCUUCAUGGAGGGUGGCAACAACUCAGUUGCAAUCAUGGGGAAAUAGAACAGUUUGGGAAAUUUAUUUGUGGACUGCCACCUCUCAGAAAAACCCAGCCACAGGAAGAUUCUGAGAGAUAACCAAAAAUAUUUUCAAAUUCUGGAAUGAGGGAACCAGUGUUAGCAGCUUCUACUGAUAGAGGGGACCGUAGGUAACUCCUAGCUGUGUGUGGUCUGCGUUUAGGGCAGUGAUUAUGUGCGAGGACAGAGAUGUGAGAUAUAAAUAUCUCCAGGUUGACUCCUGGGCUUCUUUUAAAAUUCUGUGUUGAUUUUUUCCUUGCUUGACAUGAGUUAUCAGAAGCAGUAUCAAACAAUCUUGACAGGUGCUUUCUGUAACCUAAUGUUGGUUCUAUGAGACUGGUGGUAUACUUUGCACAUAUGUGCACAGUAAUGCUGGGUGCUGCCCAAUGUACUAAAAUAAAAGUUGUUGAUAUACA